AUGACCAACCCAGAGGACAUCAAGGAUAAGUUCUAUGAAGAACUAGACGCCCUCAUUGCAGCAGUCCCACAAUCAGAGAAGCUCUUCAUCCUCGGGGACUUCAAUGCCAGAGUGGGGACAGAUCACCAAACCUGGGAAGGGAUCAUUGGAAGACACGGCACCGGCAAGUGCAACAGCAACGGCCUUCUGCUCCUCAAGUCGUGUGCAACCCAUGACCUCACUCUCACCAACACAUUGUUCCGGCUCCCCACCCGUAACAAGACAACCUGGAUGCACCCACGCUCCAGACAUUGGCAUCUAAUUGACUACGUUAUCACCAGGAAAAGGGACGUACAGGACAGAAGACCCCAAGGCCAGAAGAGUGCAAAGAGACUCAUUGUUUCCAAGCUGAAAAACAGCAACAUUGCACAAAAAUUUGCCAGGGACCUUGACGACAGGCUGCCAGACACACCCCAGGAUGAACAGGACAGCACCGAGGAACAGUGGACAGCAUUCAGAGAAGUGGUGUACUCCACAGCCCUUGAACACCUCGGACCAACGACCCGCAAACACCAGGACCUGGUACAGAAGAAACUCCGUGAGAUGCAGGACACGUGGUAUUGCAAGAAGGCUGAAGAAAUACAGGGCUAUGCGGACAGUCACGACACAAAGCGUUUCUAUGAUGCCUUGAAGACUGUGUACGGACCUCGGACCACCGGCUCCUUCCCCCUCCUCACUGCAAAUGGGAGACAGCUGCUGACAGAGAAGAAGCAGAUCCUGGACAGGUGGGCUGAACACUUCAACCAGGUCCUGAACCGCCCUACCACGAUCAACAACGAAGCCAUCGCCCGCCUACCUCAAGUUGAGAUCAACAGGGAUCUCGACAAUCCCCCCACAGAAGAAGUCAGAAAGGCCGUCAAGCAACUUUCCUGUGGCAAAGCACUAGGACCAGACGCAAUUCCUGCAGAGGUAUACAAAGCAGGAGGACCAGCCCUGAUGCAGAAACUCACAGAACUCUUCCAGUCCAUGUGGAGUGAAGGAAAGGUCCCACAACAGCUGAAAGACGCCACCAUGGUCCACAUCUACAAGAGGAAAGGCAACCGCCAGUCCUGCGACAACCACCGAGGCAUCUCUCUUCUGUCCAUAGCUGGGAAGAUCUUUGCUCGCGUCCUGCUCAACCGUCUCCUUCAGCAUCUUGAGCAGGGUCACCUUCCAGAAAGUCAGUGA